UAGAAAUUUUCACCAGUGCGGACGUAGGACAAGCUCAAUCAGGCUUUUAUUUUUUUACAGAAAGCACAAAACUGAAAACCAACCAUUGGAAAAUUGUUAAAUAUAUUAAUUUUACUGCCUUACUUCACCACCAACCGAAAGAGAACCGAAGUAUACCAGAAAAGGAUAAUCGUUUAAAGGAAUUUCUAGGCCGAAAAACAAGACACCAACAACUAAAGCGACCAUAAAUACAUAGUAUGAAUGUCGCCUAAAUAUCAUAAUUUCGAGAUUGCACUGGUCUACUUUCUGCUGUUGAUACCAUGGCCGCCCACAAACGUGAUCAGAAUCCUGUGCUCGCGAGAUAACAGCCGACUGGUGCGCAAGAUAGUGCGCUCCAAAUGGACUCCGAUAUUGGACAAGCAUCAGGUGAAACUUCCCCUGGAGUGCCCCCUGCAUCCGUUCCGGGAUGUCUUUGCCCCCCGACAGGAUGCCAAGCAAAGGGACCGACCCACUCAGUGGACGUGUAGGAAAUGCGGCAAGAGCUUCUACCAGGAGAAGCACCUGGAUCUGCAUUUCGAAACGCGCCACAAGAGCAUCAUCAAUGAGGCGGAGGAUGCCGUUUGCCUGGCCGACUUCUGCGACAUUAUGCGGUGCGAGGUUUUCGAGACGGAGGAUGCGUCCAGCCUGAAGUUCGGAGACCAGCACAUCGUUACGGACAUCGAGGUCUGGGGCGACUCCCUGGGCCAGAAUUCCGCGUUGGCCAAAGCGAAUGCUGCCUACUUGAGCUUAAUACCAAGAACUUCCACAUUGGGCGCCUCGCGUGCCGCCAAAGUACAAAACCGUCAAUUACUCCAAGACAAGCCAAGCCAGGCCAGCAAGCAGGAUCAGUCGCCGGCAGGUGAGCGAACCCAUCCCCACUCCCACUCCCACCGAGUGCGUGCAUCCACCACAGCCAAUCCCCUUCGCCUAGAUCCAUCCCCGGAGGACGGAUCGGCGGCCAGGCCGAGGUCGGCGGGCGAGAAGCUGCUCCACAAGCUCAAGGAGCUGGGCAAGGCGCACCUCAAGCCGUCGACGGUGGAUCCGGAGGCCAGCAGGCAAAACGAGACGGACGAGGAGGAGGACGAGGAGGGCAGUGGACAAUCGGAGGGCAGUGGCCAGUCUGCCGACGAGGCCAAGACGGAAGAGGGCUCGGGGGCAAAUGGAAAUGGCAACAAGGCAAGGGCCAACUGCAAGCCGGAGGAGCUGAGCAAGCUGAAGAACCGCUGCGAGAUGCUGCUGAGGAGCUGCAUCGGCGGAUUGCUGCUCUCCAUGUCGGACCAGGCCUUCAAGGAGAUGGAAGAUGAGAUGAACAAGGCGGUGUGCUGGUACUUGACCUGCGAUCGCUACUGGGAGGAUGGCCCCCUGGAGCCACGAGCCUUCCCAUGGGGACUCAUCGUCAUCCUGAUCUUCGUGCUGUCCACCGGGAUCUGCUUCUGCUACUACAUCAUCUGGAUCCUGUUCGACUCCGAAGAGACGACAAUCAACGCGAGCCACUACUACGGCCAGGGAGCCAUCGGCGGCGGCGGGAGCAUCUACAUGCCAGGAGCAGUAGCGGGUCAUCACUACCAUGUGGACUAUGCCACGCGGCACGACCUCGACCUGGACGCCGGCGGGAUAGCUGGUCAGCAGCAGCAGCAGCAGCAGUUGCUCCAGGAGCAGCAGUACUACUACCAGCAGCAGCAGCAACAGCAGCAGCAGGCGGCAUCCGUCCGGGAUUUGUACCCGGAGCAGGUGCAGUACCAUCGGCACAGUCCGCGGCACUACAUCGCCGAUCAGCGUCCGGUGGGUCCGCCAGUGGGCACACCCACCCAAGGGGCCGUGCGCAGCAGCUCCUCCAACGCCAACACGCCAUUGCACCAUCGGGUGCAGCAUCCGGGACAGCAUCCGGCACAGCAUCCCCACCUGCAGCACCGCCACUCGACGAGCCUGGCCUACCCACAGGACAUUUUAGACCGACGCGACUAUACAAGUAGCUCCUCGCGCCCCAUUGCCGCCAAUAUAGUGGCUGGAUCAGGAUCAGUGUCGGUACAAGGAUCGGGACAAGGACAGGGAGCCGGAGCUCCUGGCGACACCCAGCAGCGGCACUACAACACGCACCCGCGGCCGCUGGAAACGAGGCAUCGCCACGUGGGCUCCUCGCAGCAAUCCCUUCGUGCCUCCGCCUCCACGCACGAGAUUGUGCAGCAGGAGGCGGGUCUGGGCCAGAAUGAGCACUACAUCUACGUGACCUAUCCGCCGGACCUCAAGAAGCGCUACUUCGAGUGAUGGACAGGGCUGGAGUAUCCCCGGAACAGGCGAUUGGGAUAGAUAGCGAUGGAGAGACCAAAGAGCCCUCGGCAGGAGAGCCAAGAAACGAUACCAAAGCCAGAGAUCAACUGCAGUUGAUCACAUUACGAUGAUAUAGGACGAAGUUGCGGAGGACUGGCCGCCAACCUAACCCCAAAAGUUGGUUUUUUACUUUUAGCCUGCAAAUUCUAGAUUUGUGAACUGUGCUGUUCUUUUUUAAUUCUACAAAAUAAAUUGCAA